AUGGAGGCCAUUCAGAAAGAGCAUGACAAGGUUCGGAACAGCUGCAAGCAGUCCAAGACCAAUCGACAUGUCGACGACAUCAUCAACGCCCUCCAGAAGGCGCGGGACGCCAUCGCCGAAGAUCCCAACUCGAGACAGGUUACGCUGGCGAAGCUGCAGAACCCCGUGAAAGCGUCGUUCGACGGCAUAUUCUCCGGCUUGAAGGAUACUCAUGGACUACACAACAAGUACACAAGGGCGCUGGACAAGGUGUUCAAGGAAAAAGUGCCGAACAGCGACAUUGACGCUCUCUCUUCCCACCCGAACUUGAUCAAUCGAGCCAUCUACCUACAUCUGCUUCGAGAGGGGCUAUUCGACGUGGCCUCAACCUUCCACUCGGAAGCCAUUGAGAGGCAACAGAGCCAACAAGAAACAGCAAGCCAUUUGGGAUUCGAUGUCUCCAUGGAACACCCGCUGGGUUUGGAGAAGAGUUCGGAAGAGAGUAUGCAAGAGCAAUUCUCCAAUAUGUACCAUAUCUUGAGCGAGCUCAAGGACAACCACAACUUGCAGCCAGCUAUCGACUGGGCUCGGAAGAAUGCUACGGCCCUAGAAGCUCGCGGCAGCAACCUGGAAUUCGAACUUUGCAGGUUACAGUUUGUCAAUCUCUUCCUGGAACGUCGGGAUGAAGACCGAUCCGACUUCGACGCACCUUUGCGCGCUCUUCAAUACGCACAGACGGAAUUCCAGUCUUUUCGUGGUCGCUACUUGGUCGAAAUUCAACAAUUGAUGGGUGCUAUUCCGUUUUCCUCCAAUCUGGAAGAGUCGCCAUAUCAUUUACGGUUCAAUAACUCGACCGCAUGGGAGGAAGUUGCCAGCUCCUUCAUACGGGAGUUUUGCUCCCUACUCGAACUAUCCGCAGACUCACCCCUGUAUGUUGCAGCGACGGCCGGCGCAAUCGCAUUACCUACACUUCUCAAAUUGCAGACCAUCCAGAAACAGAAACGGACAGAGUGGACUUCCCAGAACGAGUUGCCGGUGGAGACGCCACUUCCUCCGUCGUACAGAUUCCACUCUAUCUUCGUCUGUCCGGUCUCGAAAGAACAGACGACCGACCAGAACCCGCCGAUGAUGCUACCGUGUUGUCAUGUUAUUGCACAGGAGUCUCUGCAAAAACUCAGCAAAGGUGCGAAAUUCAAGUGUCCCUACUGUCCAAUAGAGAGCCACCCGAAGGAGGCGAAAAGGGUGUUUAUAUAA